UUAUGACGUUACGUUGACAGAAUAGAGAAUGUGUACCUAGUUUUAUUUAAAAAUAAUAAUCAUAAUAUGGUUUUAUCACUUUUAGUCAGAUUAAAUUGAAAAUUAAAAAAAAAGAAUAAUAUAGUCUUCAAUCUUUUAAUUCUUGUUAAUAUUCUCUUCAAAGGUUAGAUCCUGUCAGCAAUGGAUCCAUUUAUUAUUGCAGCUAUUAUUAGCGCUCUAGUAAUAAUUGCUUUAUCAAUUGCGUUUUUACGAGUUUCUCAAGUAAAGCCGCAACCUGGAGCAAGACCUAGAGCUGUGGCACAAAGAGAUGGGGGUCCUGGCAGGGUACAAGCUGUUAGAAAUCAGAGAGCACGGAUGAGAGCUAAUGCUGCUAGACACCAAGCUGCUUUAAUUGAGGAAGAACCUGCUAUAGCAGAGGAGACAGAGGAAGAGGGCAUUCCAGAAGCACCUAAAUUGGAUUUGGAUGACAAAAUGGGAGCCAAGAAACGUGCAAAAUUAGAAGCUAAAAUGGAGAAAAAGAAAGCAAGAGAAGCUGAGGGGCAAAUGCGUGAAAUGAAGAAGAAACGCGAUGAAGAGAUGGAAGAAGAGAGAAAAAAAGUGGAAGAGAAACGUGAGGAAGAAGAACGCAAAGCUGAAGAAGCAGUGCGAAAAGCAGAAGAAGAACGGAAGAAACGUGAACAAGAAGAGUAUGAAGCAUUAAAAACAGCAUUCACCGUUGAAGGAGAAGGUUUCGACGAGAAUGAAGAACAGGAUCAAGAAAACAUGCUAAAGCAAUUCAUAGAUUAUAUCAAGGCACAAAAAGUUGUUUUAUUAGAAGAUCUUGCAGGCAACUUCAAAAUUAAAACACAAGCAGCGAUUGACCGAAUUACAGAUCUGCAAACUAGUGGUGAAUUAACUGGUGUUAUAGAUGACAGAGGAAAAUUUAUAUAUAUAUCGCAGAAAGAGCUUGAAGAUGUUGCUAAAUUUAUAAAACAAAGGGGAAGAGUUUCCAUAGCUGAUCUGGCAGAAAGCAGCAAUGAUUUAAUAAAUUUAAGCCCUGUCUCUGUUGCAUAAGAGCUAUUAUGUUAUGUACUCACAAAUGAUUUUGUAAAAAUUGUUAAUUUAAGAAAUAAAAAAUAUUUUGUUAAUUA